AUGUCGCCGAAGAAACGCUCCCGCAGCAGCCCAAAAGCGGGUGUGACUGCGACGCAGGCAUUGGACGCGGCACAUAUGAUUGCUACCGCCAUGAAUGCGGCGAAUGCGGAUACUCCGGUUACUACAGGAGGCGGCGGCGGCCAUUGCGGUGCCUUCGCACCGUGCGGGCCUGCAGAGUCCGGUGUGACGCACGAUGAGAAGGACGUGAAGGCACGCGGUACUGUAGAGCAAAGGCCGAAACUUCCGUCUGAUCUUGAGGGACUUGUCUUGCACUCCACGGUGAUUGCGCCUGAUGUCAUCGGCAUUCGUUGCAUGGCCGCGCACCCAAAUGGGAUGGAGAUGAUUGUGGUGCGGGAGGACGGCUCUAUUGUUCUGUACGGCAUUGACAUUUUUCAAAAUGUGCCACACUUUGAGCGCAUUCGCCACACUGGAGGCCGCGUGAAUCGUACCAUCACACGUGUUCGUUAUUUGCCUUAUGGGCGGUCUUUGUUUCUUGCAUCGUAUCUUUCCGGCCAACUGGUGGUGUACUGCGGAGAGACACUCUCUCCGUUGCACGUGCAUCAGCGCACUGGUGGCGCCAUUUGGGAUUUCUGCGUCGUUGGCGAGUGCAUAUACGCUGCCAUGGCGGACGGUUCAUGGCAGCAGCUGCGGGCAGAAAACAACGGGUCCGUGCCUAAGCUAACGAUGCAGCGCAUCAUCCCGAAGGUGUCAGGCGCCGAUCGGGCCUUGAGUGUCUGCGGUUCGGAGCAGUGGGCGAUUGCUGCGGGGACCGAUGAUGCGGGGAACGUCGUGGCAUGGCGUCUACCGCGUGAGGAAGAGAGAAGCGACAACAAUACCACCGCCACAACAAAUAACAACAGGAGGAGGGUUGAUAAUAUGAAUAAUAACCCGCCUGGGGGUCGUCCAAUAAGUCUCAGCGAUCAUGAGGCGCUCUGGACAAGUCGUCUUCCAAAAGGCAUGGGAUUAUGCUGUGCCGUCAGCGGUGGCGUAAAUGGUGGUGCUCCUGUUGUGGCGGUUGGCACUUCGAUGGGGGACGUUGUCCUGUUCGACGCGCGGCAUGGGCAUGUGCUGAAGACCUUCACGCACCACAAGGGACCUGUCAGCACGCUGGUGAGCAGCGGUGGGGUUUUGUAUGCGUCAGGCUGGCAUGAAUCCCUACGUUCCUACCGUUGUGCUGCAGAUGGUGAGUGGUUUCCGGCGGAGGUUAAGCGACGCACACAUUACCAUGAGGCGAGUGAACUACUUGUUCAGGAACAACAACAACUUAUCUUCUCCGCUGCACGUGAUGGCACAGUGAUGUACGCACCGAUUGGAUCUCUCUUUACAUCACCUGCGAUGUAUCUUUCUGUAACGACACAACAGUUUGCCUUUGCAAAAUCAAAAAAUGUACUUCUGCAGACACGUCGUGGACGGAUCGAGGGAUUCCGCACCGAUGCCGCGCUACGCCACUGGAUGCCGUUGUUUGCUUAUAAAGUUUACGGCAAGUUUCACAUUCAAGGAUUGUGGUGUGAUGAACGACUGCAUUACAUGCUCUUUGCCACAGAUGAGCGGGCAGCGCUGUUACGUGUGUGCUGGCGGGAUGGAGCAGAGGAUGCCCUGAAGCUGGGCCGCAUUGAGGAAGUGGUGGCACUGCCUGCCGGACGCGGGGUGCUGGACUGCUGUUUUACGCAACACAACGAUAAAAACAGCGACGCCGCAGCCUGUGAGAGCUGCUACAUGUUACUAGACGACACGGUUGUACACAUUACUUUGGCGGAGGGUUAUCCUGUCGUGGCGACCUCGAUACGGAGCUCCGACGCGGAGUCGGUUGUUGAUAUCCGCCCGAAUCGUCUGUUGCUGGACACGGGUAAAAAUAACAGCAUCACGGUGUGCGGGCUACGUGGUCGUCUCACCUGCUGCGUCGCACCAGAUGGCACCAUUGACCCCAGUAGUUUUGUUUGGAGCCAGGAAUCGACACGAAUGGCGGUGUCGGUGCCCGCGUUGCGUCACCACUCACCUUCAACGUUUGUUGCGCUCACGAACAACACGCGGUACAUGGCGGGGUUGGGAACACGUUCGCCUUCUCUUUUGCCUCGUACCCUUCCACACGAUGUAAGGUUUAUUGCCCGAAUUCCUCCUCUAGACAAAAGUGUGGCGGGUUUCAAGCAUGAGACCCUUCGUUUUCUCGCCUGCUUUUCUCGCGGUCUGAUGUACGUGACGGAGAGUUCAUGGUACAUGCUGCAGCGCUGCAGCGUGGAGGCCGCUUUUGUUUUGGAUGGAGACGAGCAGUUGCUGCUGCUGGUACGUAAUCUUGAGGGGACGCUAGAGGCCCUUCCCAUGUGCUGGAAGGUGCGGCGUUUUGGCAAUUAG